AAUUGUUAGUUUUUUUUUUUUUUUGUGAUAAUUUUAUUAUCUGAUAUUAAAGAUUUGAAUACUAACCUAAUUUAAUUAUUUAGGAUAAUAAUAAAAAAUGGAAUCUGGAAGAGGACGAAGCAGAGGACGUGCUCGUGGCAUUCGUCUCCAACAAAUACUUGUAACACCUGGUCCACCAGAGCAACAACAGCAAUCAUCACUUGGUCCAAUUCAUGGUUCAACUUCAUCACUUCCAAGAUUAUGGGCAGCUCCAUAUGCUCGACGACCAGGACCACCAGCUGAAUCAACUGGACAAGCAGUGUCUUCACAAAUUGCAACAACUGCACCACCUGUUGGAGUUCCAUCUGUAGUCACAACAAAUUUGCUACAAGAAUUGCCUCAAAGACAAGGCAGUAGAGGUGUUCCAAGACCAGCAACAAAUGUUGAGUGUAGAGAGCCAUAUUUUGCAACACUUGCAACAACAAGUGUACCACGAGAAUUGUCUUCAGCUGCAGUAUCUGAUAGAGUUGCUCCAAGACCAUCAUCUGAUGUUGCAGCUACAAAACCAGUACGUAGUGCAAGACGUGAUAACAAAGCUCCUGAAAUAAAUACUCGUCCAGCUCAAUGGAUUGAAUCAAAAAAAGGCACAAGUGGCAAACAAGUAACACUCAGAGCAAAUUAUUUUAAAAUAGCAGCAGCUCCAACCUGGUGUCUUUAUCAGUAUCAUGUUGAUUUUCAACCAGAAGAAGAUCGUAUAUUUGUACGAAAAGGAUUAUUAAAUCUUCAUAAAACAGUAUUGGGUGGCUACAUGUUUAAUGGUAAAUCACUCAUCUUAGCAUCACGUUUACCAAAAGACAUCACUCAGCUAUCAAGUCUACGUCAAUCUGAUGGAGUACAUAUUCGUAUAAUUAUCAAAUUGGCUGGUACUUUGGAACGAGGUGAUGAACAAUAUCUUCAAUUUUAUAAUAUUUUAAUGAAAAAAUGCUUGGCACACUUGAAAUUACAACUUGUUGGAAGAAAUUAUUUUGAUCCAAUUGCUAAAGUUGCAAUAUAUGAACAUAAUUUUGAAUUAUGGCCUGGUUAUAUAACUUCAAUUCGUCAGCAUGAACGUGAUCUUAUGAUGUGCUGUGAAAUAACACACAAAGUUAUGAGACAAGAAAAAUUACUUAACAUCAUGACUCGAAUUAGAAGUGAUCAUGGUGCUAAUUUUCAGGCUGCUUGUAAAGCUGAAGUUAUUGGAAUUACAGUAUUAACUGAUUACAAUAACAAGACAUACAGAGUUGAAGAUAUUGAUUUUCAAGCAACUCCAUUAUCAACGUUUAAUUUAAAAAAAGAAAAUCGUGAUGUAUCAUAUGCUGAUUAUUAUAGAAAUAAAUAUAACAUAAAAAUUAAACACGUUACACAGCCAAUGCUGAUUACAAGAUCAUCUGAUAAAAAUCGUCAAGAUUCUACUGAUACAAUGUUAUAUUUAGUUCCUGAACUUUGUCGAGCAACAGGUAUUACUGAUGCAAUGAGAAAUGACUACAAGAUUAUGGAUGCAAUGGCAAAACAUACACGUAUAUCAGCUGAGACUAGAGUUAAAAAAUUAAAUGUUUUUAAUCAACGUCUUCAUGGUGAACCAAAAGUUGUUACUGAUUUUCGUGAAUGGCAGCUUGAGCUUGAAAAACAAUUGGUCAGUAUUCCAGCUCGUGUUUUACGUGAAACCCAAGUAUUUUUUGCUAAUAAAAUUUCUAUUGGAGCUGGUCAAAAUGCUGAUUGGACAAAUGCAUUUAGAAAUAAUGGAUUAAUUGAGCCUGUAUCAUUAACUGAUUGGGUUGUUAUUGUACCUGAUAAAUUAAUGGAUCAAUGCAGAAAUUUUAUUCGUAUAAUGCAACGUUCAUUGAAAAAUUUACAAAUACGUGAUCCAAAUUAUGUUAAAAUACGUAAUGAUUCUGCUCAAUCAUUUACAAGUGAGCUUGAAAAUAUAUUGAGCCAUAAAAAUCCUCAACUAAUAUUAUGUGUAUUAUUUAAACAACGUGGUGAUAUUUAUUCAGCAAUUAAAAAAAAAUGUUGUAUUGAUAGACCAGUACCAUGUCAAAUAGUAACAUCAAAAUGUUUUUAUAAUUCAAAUAAAAUUUCAAUUGCAACAAAAGUUGCAAUACAAAUGAAUUGUAAAAUUGGUGGUUUUCCAUGGAGUUGUUUGAUACCAUUAGAUGGAUUAAUGGUUAUUGGCUAUGAUGUUUGUCAUGAUACAAAUCAACGUGGUAAAGAUUUUGGUGCAAUGGUUGCAUCAUUGGAUAAACGUUUGGGUCGUUAUUAUUCAGCUGUAUCAUCUCAUCAAUCAUCUGAUCAAUUAACAAGGGAACUAAUAAUAAAUAUCAAAAAGGCAAUACAAAAAUAUCAAGAAAUAAAUCGUGCAUUACCAGAAAAAAUAAUUAUUUACAGAGAUGGAGUUGGUGAUGGACAAGUUGCACAUAUUUUUCAGCAUGAAGUUGUUGAUAUUAAAAAUAGUCUUGCUGAAAUUUAUGAAUGUUCACCUGAUGCUGUACCAAUGGCAUAUGUCAUUGUAACAAAAUGUUUAAAUACACGUUUAUUUGCUGAUAAUCGUGGGCAUAUUUGUAAUCCAGAACCUGGUACAAUUGUUGAUGAUGUCAUUACCAAUCCAACAAAAUAUGAUUUUUAUGUUGUUUCACAAUCAAUCAGACAAGGAUCAGUUGCUCCAACUUCAUUUAGUGUUGUUCAUGAUAAUGUUGGACUUGAUCCAGAUAAAAUGCAAAUUUUAACAUACAGACUUAUGCAUAUGUAUUUUAAUUGGUCUGGCACUGUCAAAGUUCCUGCACCAGUACAGUUUGCACAAAAACUUGCAUUUUUAGUUUCACAAUCUAUUCAUGCUACACCAAAUUCACAGCUUGAAACAUUACUGUAUUAUUUGUAAGUCAAUCGUUAUUCUUAAUUUCUAAUUUUUAAUUUAAAAAAAAAAAAAAACAAUAUGACUAACUAAUUUUAUUUUGUUUAAAUGAUCGUGUUUAAAGGAAAUCGAAUUAUUUUGUAAUUAUCAAUUAAUCAAAUUAUUUUUUUUUUUUAAAUUGUGUUCGUAUAUUAUUUGUUGUUUUAUUUUUUUUGUUUUGUUAUUAGUUUUGUGUUAUCUUUUUUAAAUCAAAUUUAAAAAUAAAUUUUAAAAAAUUAAUAAUAUAAUUUUGAAUUAAUCGAAAAAAAAAAAUAUAAAUGUAAAGUUUAUUUUACUCAAGUUAUUUUUAUAAUUGAAAUAAUAUUUCAUAAAUAAAUUUAUAAUAAAAAAAUAUACACUUAAAA